GGUAUGGAGGACACACGAGAGAAAGCCUAUAAGGCUGUCACCUACUCGGCAGUCACAUUCUCCUUCCUCGCUAUUCUUUCAGUAUGCAUCUCCAUGCCAAUUAUCUACAACUUUGUCGACUCGAUCCACCAGCAAACGAAACGAGACAUGACUUUCUGCAAGUCGACCGCCAGAGAUAUCAUGUCUGAAAUCAGUCACAAGAAGCCGAUUGCCGCCGCGAUCGCUGGAAACCUGACCACCAUCCGCAACAAGCGUCAGGCGGUCGGUUGCGCCGGGUGCUGUAAGCCAGGACACCCAGGGCGGCCCGGACUCCCAGGACGUAACGGAAAGCCUGGAGUUCCAGGAGCACCAGGACGACCAGGAACCCCUGGAAGACCACCGAUUGUGUGCGAAGAGCAAGACGUUCCACCAUGCAAUCCAUGCCCACCAGGACCACCAGGACCACAAGGACCAACUGGAAACAGUGGACAACCAGGACGGCCAGGUAAUCCAGGACGGCCAGGAUCCCCAGGAACACCGGGACCUGUCGGACCAAAUGGAGCAUCCGGAGACUCUGGAGCACCUGGAAACGACGGAGAGAAGGGAGAACCAGGACGACCGGCUCAAUCGACACCAUCCACGCCGGGAGAGCCAGGAAAUCCGGGAGACGCCGGAGCAACCGGGGCACCAGGAGACGAUGGAGCCCCAGGAAGAGAUGGACAGCCAGGACAAAGUGGGCCACCAGGACCACCAGGGCCACCAGGAAAUGUUGGAGAAGCUGGACCACCAGGAAAGCCAGGACAACCAGGUCUUCCAGGACCACAAGGAGAGAGAGGAAUCUGCCCCAAGUACUGUGCUCUCGACGGAGGAGUCUUCUUCGAGGACGGAACCCGCCGAUAGAUCCUUCACUGUUCAGCAUCUCGUCACCUAUUUUAUUGCUAGUCUUCUUCUUGCCAAUUCUUCCCUUCUUCAUCAGCAGCUGUGUUGGCACCAUCAACACGUUCUGAAGGCAUUCGUGUCAAAAAUCCGUCUUCUUCAUCAUUUCUUGCGCCGCGCCGUCGGGGUGUUCGGGUGUGAUAAUAUUAAUCUAUUCCACUUUUUUUCCACUUUUUGUGUGUGUGUGUGUCUGUAUUAUACUUUGUGCCCAUAAAACGUCAAACUCUGGU